ACACAGCAUCGGAAUUACUGACCGCAGUCCUGUUUUCUCCUUUCUGUGGACCUGAUGCAAUGAGUGCUUUCACUCAUUUUUCUGAAUCCUCCGAAAAUGACUUGGAAGAAUUUUUAUUUUGCCUUCUAAUUUAAAACGCAUAUUUUAAUUUUCGCUCGCAAUUCGUUUUUUUUUUCCCCCACUGGUCACUGAAGCUGGACCAUGGAUCCUCCACCGACUUCAGAGAAAUCGCAUCUCAUCAACGAAAGAAAUGCCAAAAUAUACUCCUUAAAAUUUAACAGUGAAUUCUCAGGUUCCAAAGAAGGUUGUCCAGACCUGCCUUUGGGAAAUGGGGAUAUGGCUGGUGCCAUCGAGCUGAAGAGGCCUGUGGGAACUCAUUGCCAUGGGAAAAAAGCAGCCUGCGAUGAGAGCCGAGAGAAACUCAUAGCAAAGAAGAAACUGUACAUCGCCUCCAUAGUCUGUCUGGUUUUCAUGAUUGGAGAAGUUAUAGGCGGUUAUCUAGCACACAGUCUAGCCAUUAUGACCGAUGCAGCGCACCUUCUGACGGAUUUUGGCAGUAUGAUGGUCAGUAUUUUUUCCUUGUGGAUCUCCUCAAGACCUCCAACCAAGAGAAUGAACUUUGGCUGGCACAGAUCAGAGAUUCUGGGAGCCCUGGUAUCUGUAAUGUCCAUCUGGAUCGUGACUGGGGUGUUGGUCUACCUUGCCAUUGAGAGGAUAGUAAAAAACGAUUAUGAAAUUGAAGGCAGUGUGAUGCUCGUCACCUCGGGUUGUGCAGUCGUGGUCAACAUCGUAAUGGCCUAUAUUCUUCACCAUUCCACGACCUUCCACAGUCACGGUUCAGGCUACCACAAGAUUGAUGAGAAUGGGAUGAGCCCCGUGGGCCAUGGCCACUCCCACAGCCUCCUGGGGAAUCAUGGGAACACCAGUGUGAGAGCAGCAUUUAUUCAUGUUUUGGGGGAUCUCUUACAGAGCUUUGGAGUCAUGGUGGCCGCCAUUAUCAUCUUCUUCAGGCCAGAAUACAAAAUAGCUGAUCCCAUUUGCACUUUCCUCUUCUCUGUGUUCGUCCUGGGCACCACUAUUACCAUUCUAAGAGAUGUCUUCCGCAUUCUCAUGGAGGGAGUACCCAAAGGAAUCGAGUUUAAUUCAGUGAAAGAGGUGCUGCUGUCUCUGAAGUCAGUGAAGGCCAUGCAUAGCUUACACCUGUGGGCUCUCACCAUAGGCCAGAGUCUGCUAUCUGUUCACAUAGCUAUUGAGGAGAAUGCCGACCCUCAGAGUGUCUUAAAGGAAGCCACUGAACUCCUUCAGACCAAAUUUGGCUUUUACAGCACAACCAUUCAAGUUGAGCCUUAUUGCGAGGACAUGAUCCACUGCUUCCAGUGCCAGGACCCUACGGACUAAGUUCUCCGAGUGCACCGGUGAGGGGAGACCGCCUGUAUAAAAUGUAUGCACACAUAUUAAGCUUCAUUGAGGGUCCAAGCCAGAAAUGGAAACACUGUGCAAAUGUAUCAUCUACAUAUCAUUAUGAAUAUGUACAUGUCAAAUGCAUUUCUAUCGAUUACCAAGGAAAAAUAAAGACAUUUCACGCUGUGCCAUCCUAAAAGAGCAUCGGUUUAUGGGAGGAAUAGCUUUAACAUGAAGUGGUGGGGUUUAGCUUCACAUACUGUAUGCAAAGAUGAAGUGAACUGAGCGGGGGAACAUAAAUAUGAGGCCUGGAUGCAUCACUGUGAGCCUUUUAUUGUGACUUUGCGAGGUUUUGCUUGGAUGGCAAGCAUUGUACAUUAUUGCAGGAGUGUACUGUAAUUGCCUGUCCGUGGUCUUAGGAGAGUAAAAGAUGGGUAUUGACGUGACUUCCUUAAAAACAAUUAGAAUGGGGUUUAUUAUGCCCCAUCCAGCCUGCCGUCUGCUGUCAGCAUGGUUCUAUAAUCAAUGUGAACGUCCGGCAAACUACGGCAUGGUGUCGUAGGGCUUAAAUAGAGAUUCUGCUAAAGUGUAAUUAUGGAUUUUGUUGAGAGAUCUCUCACUAAUGUCUUGUUUCACGGUACAAUACUAUCUGCAAAAGCAAGUGGGUGAUUAACUCUGUUCUUCCUCACUGGCUGCGAUAGUUAAGGACUUGUGUUGUUUUUAAGCGUGGCUUUAUGGGGCUUUGAAAGAACGGCAGAGACAAAAUGACAGAUGACAGUAAUCAACUAAGAAUGAUAUUAAAGGUGAAGUGUGUCAUUUUAAAUACUUUCUCCAUCCUAGUUUCAUGAGCUGAAACCAGGGGCCUCGUUUAUAAAAUGAAAAAAAAUCAAAUUAGUUUUAGAUUUAUCUAAUUUUAGAUUUACACCUAAACAAAAUGCCGUUUUAUAAGAGAAGUCACGAACAAUUGUGCAACAGGUAUUCCGUUUCCGGCACUUCUCAUUCAUUUCUGAGGUAUCCGCAAACAGUGAUUGACUGUCGCACAACUCGGAACGAAAUUUAGAAGGCUGUAAUGUGAUUGGUUAUUAAGGCACACGUGAUCCAAGUUAGCCGUUACGGUUUUUCCAAUGGAGCCACGGUUACUCUCAUAUCUUCCAGUCCAAAUAAUAAAACCAUUUCUGGGGGAGAUCUGAAACCAUUCAGCUGCGCACAAUUUCAAGAUCAUUUGUGAUUUCGAAAUUCCACACAUGGAAGAGAGACGUUUGCACGUUUUUUGUUUUUGCUCGUUCUCUGAAUCACACAUACGCGUAUUGUUUGAGAAAUUAUUGUAAGAUCAAAUGAUGGUUUCUAUGCAACAUUUUAUAAAACAAAGCCCCAGUACAAGGUUAAUAUCCCAACAAAUCUUCUAAAUCAACCAAUUGUGCGACUUUGAGGCGAGACUAUCAACACCGAAUGCAAAUAUCUGUGUGUAUAGUUGACUAAAUGUGCAUUAUAUCACAGAAGAAACAGUGUUAGGUACUGUAUAUCUUUUUGGUUAUUAUAAUUUCCAUGACUUAUUUGGUCAGUCUGUCAAAAGUGAUUUAAAAUGCAAAUUAAUAUUGUAUUUAGAUGAUAACUGGAUGCCACUUGCUGAUUUGAUUUAUACAUGCAAUUUAGUACACUCAAAAAGUGUAAGCCUUUUUCAAGAUUUGCGCAUUUUAGUUAAUAGUAAAAAUCCAAAUAAUAAUUGAUUAAUCCUUAAUUAAUAUAUGUAAGAAUUAUUCAAUUCAAUUUGAUAAGUGUUGUACUAAUUAUUUGAAUGCGUAAAUCUUAUAAAAAGGCUUAAAAUGUGUUUUUUUUUUUGUGUACUACAUACAAACCAUACUAAUACAUUUCUGUAUUUAAAUAA